UUUAUGUCUAUUUAGCCAGUCUUCUCCCUUGAUGGAGUCCCCCCCCCCCCCCCAUGAAUUAUGGGUCUUUGCUGGAGAAGAAGUCUUUCACCAUAAUUGGUGGUAUUAAUGAAUCCGCCGACCAAUAAAGACCUGCAAUACUUUCUCUCAUUCGUCAAAUUGUUUUUUUUUUCGUAUAGACUUAUGUGACAUAUGGUGAGUUACCAAGUUUAGAUUUGUCAUUCUCAAAUUUUCUUUUUUUCUAAACAAAUACAUACGAAUUGAAGUAAAUCCGAGAGCCUCCCAUUUUCAAAUUAUUUAUUUCGAACCAAAUACACACAGUAAUCCUUGUUUUCAAACAAGUUGAAGUAAGCUGAGAAGCUCUAGCUACUCGAAAGGUCCAGAUUAAUAUAUACUUUUAUUUCACACAUCCAUAUAAUCCGAUCAGAAAGCAUGGCAAAUCUCUCCAGUUUUCACAUUCUCUUCUUCAUGUUCAUCACAAGCGGAGUUGCUGCUUUCGCUACCGAAGACAGUUGUCCAUCCACCGCUUGGCAAGGAACUCUCACAAGAAAAGACGAUAACAACCUCGGCGCCGGGGGAUUUCAGUUGAAUCCAGGCGCUUCCGUUCAACUCACCGCUUCUUCCGAAUGGUCAGGCCACGUCUGGGCUCGUACGGGCUGUAAAUUCGACUCAUCGGGCCACGGUAACUGCGUCACCGGAGACUGCGGCGUCGUUCGUACAUGUUCUAGCAGCGGCGGAGAUAGUUCAGUUGCAAUGGCAGAAUUUACUCACGGAGAAAAGGAUUCCUACGACGUGAGGCUCGUUGACGGUACUAAUGUCAAGGUGGGAGUAAAACCCCAAGGAGAUAAUAACUAUUUGGUCACUUUCUACCCCGCCACAGGCCACAUUGCCGGUUCCUCCACCGAAUUCACUUUACAAAACAAUUGCCCUUACACCGUCUGGCCGGGAAUUCUCUCCGGCAACGAAAGCAGCAUCCUCGCCGACGACGGUUUUCGAUUAAGUCCAAACGCUUCGGUACAGCUCACCCCUCCUUCGAGAUGGUCAGGCCGCAUCUGGGCUCGUACCGGCUGCAACUUCAGCUCAUCCGGCCAAGGCAAAUGCGCCACCGGAGACUGUGGCGGCGUUCUUAAAUGUGCUGCCGCCGGCGGAGUUCCUCCAGUCACAUUGGCCGAAUUCACCAUCGGAGACACUGAUUUCUACGACGUGAGUCUCGUCGACGGCUACAAUGUCAAGAUUGGGAUAAAGCCUCAAGGAGGUACCGGAGACUGCAAAUACGCAGGCUGCUCCUCCGACCUCAACUCGAUUUGCCCUAACGAGCUUCGUGUCAUGGAUCCACAGAACAACGUGGUGGCGUGCAAGAGCGCCUGCGAGGCGUUUGGCAAGCCGGAAUAUUGCUGCACGGGAGCUUUCGAUAAGCCGGAAACUUGUCCUCCGACGGAUUACUCUAGGAUCUUCAAGAAAGCUUGUCCUAACGCUUACAGCUACGCCUAUGACGACGCAACAAGCCCCUUCACUUGUUCCCGGUCUAACUACUUGAUCACUUUCUGCCCCACGGGUUCUUAAAAAUCCGGAGCUCCGGUUUAGACUCGGGUCGGGUUUGUCUUCUUGCUAUGUUAGGAAGAUGAAAUUAAAGAACGUGCUUAUAACUCAAAUAAAUGCUGGAGAUAAAGAGAAUAACUACAUAUACAGAUUUCUUCUUUUCUCCUAAAGGGCUAAAAGUGUUUAUUGAGUUAAAAAUAAAAAACUACAAUAGGUUAUUAACUAUUAUUAUUGUUGGCAUAUGAUUUAGUCGGUAAUAGAACUCAUCUUUUCAGGUAGCA